AUGAAAAACGUUGGGUGUAAGAGUGUAGAGAAUUAUGAUUAUUUGAUGGAUUUUGGAGUAUACCCUCAAUUGAACUCUCUCAAUAUGUGUUGCAAUUUAUGGUUAGGUGAUGAAAGCAUCAGAAAGUUUGCUUAUGUUUUCCCCAAUCUCCACCGGCUUCAGUUGGCAUUUUGCCAUACAAUAUCUGAUGAAAGUAUUGUUCAUGUUUUAAGGAGAUGCUGUAACAUAAGUCAUUUGGAUUUAUCAACGUCAAGGUUGAAGCUACUAGGAAUGAACUUUGAUGUUCCGAAGCUUAAGAUGUUGAACUUGUCAUUUUCAGAAAUUGACGAUGAAGCACUCUAUUCGAUCUCAAAGAAUUGUUGUGGGCUUUUGCAAUUGUUAAUAAAUGAUUGUUUAAAAUGCACAGAAAAGGGAGUGAAACAUGUAGUACAAAAUUGCACACAACUGAGAGAGAUCAAUUUGGAAAACUGUCUAAAUGUGCGCACUGAUGUCGCUCCCUCAAUUCUAUUUUCAAGUCCAUCAUUGAGAAAGAUAACUGCUCCACCUUAUAUUUCUUUCAAUAUAAGUCAGAGGAAACUCUUCUUGCAGCGAGGAUGCGUUGUGUGCUGA